UUCACCAGCUGUUUUGGCUCCCAGUACUGCUGGUGCUGUUUACUUCAGCUUUCCUACGUCUCUGCUAAGCAGCUGGAAGGUUUGCAUUUUUGUGUUACCCACAGGAGCGCAGACAGCAGCAAAACACCACCAGCAGCAGCGGGAGGAGGCAAACAUGUCUGGGAUUGCAGCUAAAUUAGCUAAGGAGAGGGAAACGGCCAGGGGCUUAGGCUCCAACGCAAAGGCGUUUAAGUACCUCAGUCAGGACUUUGAGACGCUGAGGAACGAGUGCCUUCAGGCUGGGAAACUCUUCCAGGAUCCAUCCUUCCCUGCGAUUGCCUCUUCUCUGGGGUACAAAGAACUGGGACCAAACUCAUACAAAACUCAGGGAAUCACGUGGAAGAGACCGACGGAACUCUGUUCUAAUCCCCAGUUUAUUGUUGGAGGUGCCACCCGCACAGAUAUCUGCCAAGGAGCCUUAGGUGACUGCUGGCUGCUGGCAGCCAUUGCGUCUCUCACCCUGAAUGAAGAGAUUCUGGCCAGAGUUGUUCCCAAAGAUCAGAGCUUCCAGGACAAAUAUGCAGGAAUCUUCCACUUCCAGUUCUGGCAGUAUGGGGAGUGGGUGGAUGUUGUUGUUGACGACAAGCUCCCCACCAAAAAUGGAGAGCUGCUCUUCGUUCACUCAGCAGAAGGGAGUGAGUUUUGGAGCGCUCUGCUGGAGAAGGCCUAUGCCAAGGUGAAUGGGUCAUACGAGGCUCUCUCUGGAGGAUCCACCACUGAAGGCUUUGAGGAUUUCACUGGCGGAAUUGCAGAGUGGUAUGAGCUGCAAAAGGCACCACCCAACCUGUUCAAAAUCAUCCAGAAAGCUCUUCUAAAAGGCUCCCUCCUCGGAUGCUCUAUUGAUAUCACAAGCGCAGCUGAGACCGAGGCAGUCACUUCUCAGAAGCUGGUCAAAGGCCACGCAUACUCCGUUACAGGAGCUGAAGAGGUGAAUUGCCGAGGAAGCAUGCAAAAGCUGAUCAGAAUCCGAAAUCCCUGGGGGGAAGUGGAGUGGACUGGAAAAUGGAAUGAUAACUGCUCAAACUGGAACAGCGUCGCGCCUGAAGUGAGAGAGCGAUUGACUAGGAGACAUGAAGAUGGAGAAUUUUGGAUGUCAUUCAGUGAUUUCCUGAGACAUUACUCCCGCCUUGAGAUCUGCAACCUGACUCCAGACACGCUGGCAAAUGAAAAAUACAAGAAGUGGAGCCUGACCAAGCUAGAUGGGAACUGGAGGCGUGGCUCCACUGCUGGGGGUUGCAGGAAUUACCCAAAUACUUUCUGGAUGAAUCCGCAGUAUUUGAUUAAGCUGGAGGAAGAAGAUGAGGAUCCUGAUGAUCCUGAGAAGGGCUGCACCUUCUUGGUUGGCCUGAUUCAAAAGCACCGCAGGAGGCAGCGGAAGAUGGGGGAGGAUAUGCACACCAUUGGCUUUGGGAUCUAUGAGCUGCCCUCGCAGUUUUCUGGCCAGACAAACGUUCAUCUGAGCAAAAACUUCUUCCUGACAAACAGAGCCAGAGAAAAAUCAAACACCUUCAUCAACCUCCGAGAGGUACUAAACCGAUUCAAACUGCCUCCAGGAGAAUAUGUCAUUGUGCCAUCCACUUUUGAACCCAACAAGGAUGGGGAUUUCUGCCUCCGAGUCUUCUCUGAAAAGAAUGCAGAUUCACAGAUUGUAGAUGAUGAAAUUGAGGCCAAUAUCGAAGAGAAUGACAUCAGUGAAGAUAACAUUGAACCCAGUUUCAGAAAACUUUUUGCGCAGCUAGCUGGAGUGGAUGCAGAGAUCUCUGCUUUUGAAUUAUGUAAUAUCCUGAGAAAAAUCAUGGCUAAACGCCAAGAUAUCAAAUCAGAUGGCUUCAGUAUUGAGACGUGUAAAAUAAUGGUCGAUCUGUUAGAUUCAGAUGGAAGCGGUAAACUGGGACUGAAGGAGUUCUACAUACUCUGGACAAAGAUACAGAAAUAUCAAAAAAUCUAUAGGGAAAUAGAUGUCGAUCGCUCUGGUACCAUGAACUCCUACGAGAUGCGGAGAGCAUUAGAAGAAGCAGGGUUCAAGCUGACUUGCCAGCUGCACCAAGUCAUUGUGGCUCGUUUUGCAGAUGAGCAGCUCAUCAUUGACUUUGAUAAUUUUGUCAGGUGCUUGAUUCGGCUGGAAACUUUGUUCAAAAUAUUUAAGAAACUGGAUGUUGAGAAAAGUGGAACAGUGGAGAUGAACCUUAACACUUGGUUGUGUUUUACUAGUAUUUGAUGCAAUAGCAGACCUCAGCUGAAGACAUCUCAUGGAAUCAAGAUAAUGCAAAGAUGUUCAUACAACUUGCAAUAACACCCUAACCCUACUGUAUUCCAACAUCAACCUGUUCCUUAUGUUUAUAAAUGGAGAUGUUUAAACUAGUAUAGGAGAGAAUGGGCAGAAUAUUUUGAAGUAUCUGAAAGACCAAAACUCCAACAAUACAAAAGCUUGCAGUCUCAUUAUCUAUAUAGACUGCAUAUAUAACUACUUUUAUAAGUCCAGUGUGAAAGCUCUAAUUUUGUAUAUAAUUCUUCAGUUUUAUUUUUGACAUCUUUGCUUAAUUGAUCCGUUUUAAUCAAAAAGAUAUUUAAAGUGCAGUUAAAUGUAACUUCUGAGGAAGAGCAAUUUUCACUGUAAAUUAGAAGGAAGUUUAAAGUGAAGUUUGUUGGCAUUUUUAAGCUGCUUGGGAGUAGUAGCCAUCUUAUUCAAAAGAGAGAGAGAAGUGGGAAGUCUGAAUAGAGAAGGCAGAAGGGGUCCACUGCUGCCCUUCAGUUUUUCACCUAUUAGAAGUACUCUUCCUUUUGAAAUUAGAGCAAUAGUUCCUUUUAAAUAGGCAACACACUGAAUAAGCUUCCUAUUGCAAUCUUGCUACCUCUUCAAUGCAUUGGUAAUCCUGUUUCAGACAUGCAAACCAUAGCAUUCUUUGGGUUAUCUGUAUUUUGAAGGACUGGAUUAAGUACACCUCUACCUCGAUACAACGCUGUCCUCGGGAGACAAAAGAUCUUACUGCAUUAUAGGUGAAACCACGUUAUAUCGAACUUGCUUUGAUCCACCUGAGUGCACAGCCCCGCCCCCCUGGAAUACUGCUUUACUGCAUUAUAUCCGGUCACAUUAUAUCGAGGUAGAGGUGUAAUUCUAUGCCAGUUUGACCAGCGGAAAACCAUACACCUAAGAGGACAGUGUCUUAUUAGUCUGAUAUUUGAUCCCCAUGCAAGAAGAUUGCUACCAGUGAGAUCUGUGUCAGCAGCCAGAGACUUCAAGAGGAAACAAAUGCUGCCAUGUAUGAUAGAAAUGUCACUGGUUGUGAAUUAUAAAAAUAAUAAAACGCCUUAAACCUUACAAAAUGAAUGUAAUGUAUUGAAUGUAACAUUAUGUCUAUUGUUGCCUUCACUUCUCCCAACUACUUAUUUAAAUAAAGACAGUUAGGGCCUGGUCCAGCUGGAAGGUGUUUCUUUGUAAUGGGGAUCAGUUGGGUGCAUAAAGCCCUGAUUGUCAACAGAAUAAUAUUGGGGGGGGGGGGGAGAGGGGAGAAAGGAAAAGCUUAGGUUCAUUGCAACACAUGUUCUAUAUGUUGUGUAUUUGUUGCAUAAUUGUAUGUUACAUGUUCUUUAAAGUCUGCUGCAGAAAGCAAUGAUGAUAAUUGAGAGACAGGAAAGGCUUCUAUAAAAAUCAGAGAAAUAUUACACUGCAUACUGAAGGCAUGCAAUUACCAGGUAUCCAAUACAUAUACAUGGCCCCCUAUUAAGAGCAUAAGCAUGAGAUUAUGAACAUUAACAGACUUCAGUAUCAUGACCAAGUCACAUUUACUCUCAUCUAAACUUGCUGAGGAAUUAGGUGGUGGUAGAGUCUUUGCUUGCUCCAAUGCUGUGCAUGGCUUUCCUAUUGAAAGCCCACAUGAGUUGGUAUGUCUUUUCAGUUGGGCAAUGGCAGUCCUAUUUAUUUGGCAAGGGUCUGACAGCAGCAAUCCAUGCCCAGCAGGUUUGAUGUUCUUGCCUACCAAGGAUUCCAGCAGGGCUUCCUCUGUUGCUUACAUCUUUUGUUCAGCAUCCAACCACCUGUCUGCUCACUGGUUUGAGCAAUUAAGCUCAUUGCUCAAACUAGGUAAAUGAUUAUUAAACAUCAUUGCCAAUCUACAUUGGUCUUAGAGGUGACAAGCACUUUUGCCCACUGCCAAUCCCCUGAGCUAUACAGCUCCACAUGCUCAUGUCAGUCUGACAAACCAUUUCACCAGAUCUAGUGAGAGAUCACACAUUCACAAAGCCAUUUACAGAACAAUUCCCAAACCCUGAGCCAGAGUAGAAAAAUCAGUGUAGUCAGGGAUUUUUUUCAGUUUGUAUUUGUAGAUUGUAGUGAUUGUCCAUGCAGUUCAUGGCCUCACAUAGACUCCUUUCCUGCAAGGGAAGCUUAUUGAGUCUCAAGUUUUAUUGACAUGUCUUUAACAAAGCUAUGACUAGUACAGUAAUAUAGAUUAUCCUGGUGGAAAAGACUAGUUAGAAAUAAUUCUUCUGCUAUAAAUCUUUCCAUUUAAAAUAUAUCUGUAUAGAGAAAUUCCAUUAACUUAAGCAGAUCUAAUAGUCACUUAUAACCUUCAUGUUACUCCUAAAACUAAUAAUGGAUAUGGCUUGCAUAGCAGGUUAGAUGAAAGUUAUAAAUCAAAGAAUGUUUUCCACACUGAUAUUGUAAUAGUUGAAUACUGGCAUAUUCUAGGAUGGUCUGGUGU